AUGAAGUUGGUCCUGCUCUGCGUUCUGUGUGGAAUCGCUCUUGCUGCCCCAAGACAGAAACGCCUUACUGUGGGCACGAUCGCUGUCACCGGAGGAGUCGGUGGAUCCACGGGGUGUGUAGUGACUGGAAAUGUCCUCUAUGCCAACGGUUUCCGCCUUCGUGAACUCAACCCAUCGGAGCAGCAAGAACUCGUAAACUAUGAGAAGCAGCGGCGUUUUUUUUGGCCGACUAACAAAGCGAACGCCAGGAAAGCCUUGAAAUCGCGCAUGGCUGGUAAGAAGGAGAAGGCUGUAACUCCCAAGGAAGAAGACCUACCUAAAGCUCCACAGAAGCCCUCAUUCUGCACUGAGGAAGACACCACCCAGUUCUACUUUGAUGGAUGCAUGGUUCAGGGCAACAAGGUCUACGUUGGCAACACAUUCGCGCGCGAUUUGGACCAGAACGAGAUUCAAGAGCUGAAGGAGUUUGAGAAGAAGCAGACUGUCUACCAGGAAUACGUCCAGAAGCAGAUUCAAGCGCAAGUGAGCAAUCUGUUCGGCGGUGCCGACUUUCUUCUCAUCGUUCUUCAACGGCGGAUCUGA